AUGCCGACUGACAUAGUUAAUGAGGAAGACUGUGCUUUUGAAGCAACUGAGUUGUCUGUACUGGGAUCGAAGCAGAUUAAUUCAGUCUACUACUGGUACGUAAAACUAAGAAUGAGCUACUACCCGCGUGGGCGCCUUCAAGAGAACGGGGCUAGGGACGAGGACGUGGAGAAGCAAGUUGCCAACAAUAAUGGACUUAAUUCAGAAGAAAAGAAAACAACAAAAAUGAAAAUUCUCCACCCACAUGGGCAACCCCUUCGAGUCUGGAGUUGGAUUUUUGUAGUGUCCUGUGUUAUUGCAGUAUCAGUGGUGGACCCGUUGUUCUUUUACGUUCCUGUGAUAGACAGAGAUGAAAAGUGUCUUGCGUUGGAUACAAGAUUAAAAAGCAUAGCUAUUUGUUUGCGAGCUUUCACCGACGUGAUUUAUUUUGUGAAUAUCAUUUUGCAAUUUGUCUGCCCAUAUAUUGAAGAGGGAGCUCGUAAAGUUGGACGAAUUAAGUUUGUAACGAGUCCUUCGCCAAUAGCGAAGAGGUACAUGUUGUCGUGGCGCUUCCUAAUUGACAUUCUCGCUAUUCUUCCACUUCCACAGGUGUUACUUCCAAUUAUAUUUACAGAGAUGAGAGGCGCAAGAUAUUUGGAUAUGAGGAAGGUUCUGACUGGUAUUGUUCUUGUCCAAUAUGUGCCAAGAGUUAUGCGGAUCUACAUAUCAUGGAGGAAACUUGUCAGAACUGCUAACAUAGUUGCUCGAAUUAUAUGGCUUAAAGCUGCAUUCAAUUUCUUUCUGUACAUCCUUGCCAGUCAUUUGAGGUACUGGGUGCCCUUUGGUACUUAUUUUCUAUCGAACGAGAGACGGCAUGCUGGCACGGAGCUUGUGAAAAGCUAA